CGACUUUGACGACGAAAUCUUGGCACAACUCUGCUUCUGUUGCUGCUGGUCUCGCAAUUCAAGAUUUCGGGGGGCAAACUUCCCAAAACCGAACUACCAACAGCCGGUCGGCAUCAUAUUUCCCGUAGACGUCGUCGUGCGCGUGCCGUGACGUUCCGUGUGUGGUAUGCGAUAGGGAUCUGGAUUUUUACGAGUGUUUUUGUUUCAUAUUUUGACCGUUUUUUGGGACUGUGGCUAACAACUAUUGAAUGAAACCAGGCCACCGACCAGAGGUUAAGAGGACACCGGAUCGGAUGGUUGGUCAGUUGAAGUGUUAACUUGAUCUUCGAGCACCCAGGGGGGCUGUUUUUCAAAUAACGUUGUUUUUUGUGCUCAAAAAGUGGCCAUAGCGAUAAGUUGUGGGAGAUUUGGAUCCAUUGAUACAGUGUUCUAGUGUCCUAAGUUCAAUGCAAUCACAAUGUUCCGAUACAAAGAAAGCACAAUGAAUGUUUAUCAACUGGCAAGGUGUGCAGAAUUUCUUCUGAUCUUCGUACUCGCGACCGUUCAUGCGGUUCCCACCGGAUCCCAGCGAGUCCAAUCGCGACAUCUAGAUCUGGAUCGAAUGCAUUACGAGCAGUCGCAAUUUUCUCCCAGCCCCAGUGAAAUUUUGCGAAACAAACGAACCUGGCAAUUGCAGCAGAUUACGCCACCCGGAAGAGUUCGCGUCAACGAUCAGCUGCGAACGGCCUUCCAGGAAAUGGAAAGUGGUGAACUGCCCCAGGAACAGGACUCCAGCUACGUCGAAUCCCGGCAGUUCUACCCAGUUGCGGUUGCGGAAAGUCGCUCCUUGCAGAUUCAACCCGGCGAGGAUGAGGACAUUCAAGGAGUAGAUAACAACGAAAACGGAUUUAUCAGUUUGCUGGCCCGAGCGGCACGAUCCAAGGAUAUGGAGGAUUACUUCUACAAAUAUGCCAUCGACAGCGAUAUUUCCGCUUCGAUGGAAGACGACGACGAACACAACGACGCCAUCGACGAAGACGGCGAAGCCCGGUUCAAAAAGAAGAAAAAGUUUCACCUGAAGCACAAAUAUAAGAAGUUCCUGCUACCAUUGCUGUUGGCCUACAAGCUCAAGUUCAUGAUGCUCUUCCCGGCCAUCAUUGGAGGCCUGGUGUUACUAGUUAAGGCCGCCGGAUUGGCUGGGUUCUUCUUUGCGCUUUUCGCGUCAGUUGUGAGCCUACAAAAGUCCCACUAAGCUGCCGAGUGAUGCCAUAUGAAUGGGUGCUACUUCAAUCUACUACCUACUGCUGGACGGAAUGAGAGAUACGGUUAAUUUUUGUCGUUUUUUGGAGCUUGGUAUGACAGUGCACUUUUCGCAGGAAAGUCGGAGAGUUUUUUGAGUGGGAAUGUAUGAGCGAUCUUCGGGCAUCGCCGAGUAAGAGGUAGCACGAGCGCCGAACAUUUAUGUUAGCAGCAGACAUCCAAAAGGCCGCGCGGAAUGUAGUAAGUAGAGAAAAAAAACUAAGCCUGGCUAGCCAGCGUGAAAUUGGGCGACCUUGAUUGGAGCAGAGAUCAUUAUUGUGUACAUUUGAUCCAUUGGCGCAGGAGGGAAAAAAAAAGAAAACAACGAUAACGAUCACUAAAGCGGCUCAAACACAAAUCACUGGAAUUGAGAUUCCAAAUCGUUGGCUCUCCGAUCUGUAUUGUGUUCAUCUAUAUUUUGUUUUGUUUCGCGAGUUGACUCAAGAGUUUAUCACAUGAACCAUGUGAAUCGCCCAUAAUGUUAAAUGAAAUACCCUUAGGUCAUAAUUGUUGCCAGUUAUUUGCUCUAUUAUAAGUUAUUUAUUUUCAAAAUGUUACGCAACAAUGGAAAGAGAAACCUGAAAAAGACCAUAUUAA